UUUCUGAAGAUGAGCUGCCACCUGUCAAAUGAUAAUUGAGCAACUACAUAGCUAAGAUCCUGGACUUAAGAGGAAGAAUCUUCUCUCAAAUGGAAGUCAUCAAGAUUCCUUACCUUACUUCCUAUCUCUUUGAUAUAAUUUUGAUUAAUUUUUUGAGAAACAUGAAAAGGAGUAAGAAUUGAUGUGGUUUGUAGAGAUUAUAUAAGUUAAAUUAAUCUAAGGAAGUUCAAUUUUUUUUUGGAAAAGCCUCUACAAUUUGUACACAUCUUAAUCUUUCGAUAGAACAUUUGGUUGAUUACCACAUUCUAAAGAAUUGAUGACUAUUUCAAGG